AGAGUCCCAAAGAGAGAAACCGCCGCUCCUCCAAUCUGCUGAAGUGGAGAGAUUUGUGUGUGUUGGCUUUGGGGGGAGGAAAGCACCAAAAAGGACGAGGAGGAGCUGGGACUGUGCUCAUGUGACCGGUGGCGGCUCAGGCUGCGGGGGCUGCCCAGAAAGCGCCGCAGCUGCUUUUCCGUUCCCUGUUCGGGAGAGCCGGCCGGGGAGUAACUCCGCCGGACGAUGCGAAGCGGCUUCUCCCCAAGCAGAUGAUGGCGAUACGAGAACUGAAAGUGUGUCUGCUUGGAGAUACUGGGGUUGGGAAAUCAAGUAUAGUUUGUCGAUUUGUCCAGGAUCAUUUUGAUCACAAUAUUAGCCCUACUAUUGGUGCAUCCUUCAUGACUAAAACUGUUCCUUGUGGGAAUGAGCUUCAUAAAUUUCUGAUCUGGGAUACAGCUGGUCAGGAGCGGUUUCAUUCCUUGGCACCAAUGUACUACCGAGGAUCAGCAGCAGCUGUUAUAGUAUAUGAUAUCACAAAACAGGAUUCAUUUCAUACUUUGAAGAAAUGGGUAAAAGAAUUAAAAGAACAUGGUCCUGAAAACAUUGUCAUGGCCAUCGCUGGAAACAAAUGUGAUCUUUCUGAUCUCAGGGAGGUACCUAUGAAGGAUGCCAAAGAAUAUGCAGAAUCUAUAGGUGCAAUUGUUGUUGAAACCAGUGCAAAGAAUGCUAUUAACAUUGAGGAACUCUUUCAAGGCAUCAGUCGACAAAUUCCACCCUUGGACUCUCAUGAAAAUGGCAACAAUGGAGCAAUCAAACUUGGAAAGCAGACUACACAGACCACUAGACGGUGCUGUUGACCCAAAAUGACCUGUUUUGAUUUACU